AUGUUUUGGUCGAGUGAAUUGGCCGUUUCAACGAGCAAACUUGAUGAGCUGCUGAAGAACGAUACGGUAACGGUGGCUGAUGUGCUGGUGGAUGAUUAUACGAUCCAGGAGAUUCGCAACGGCAAUGCACUGCUUGUCAAAUUCUUAACGCGACAGGAAGUAGUGAUUCAGAUACUAAAAUGCGCCCUGGAACCCGAAAUCGAUGAGUCUCUACCGCUUAAGGAACAGUACAAGAAGUCGCAUCUAUGCACGGAGAUUUUAUCACUUAACAACGAAGAGCUGAGCGCUGCAGUGAUGGAAAAUGAGGAAGCGUGUAAUUUGCUGUUCAGUUUUUUGAAUGGCCAAAAACCGAAUCAUAUAUUGGCACGUAUGAAAGAGGAGCAGUUUUUGGGCCAAUGCCUGAGAAGUAUGGAACAUGCAGCAGUGAUGGAGCUCCUGCUUCGGCUAGUCAGCUUCUCGUCGGAUGUCGAACAGCAGGACUACUGGUUGGUUGAAAGUCGAUUGGCAGAAGGCCUUUGUGAUCUUCUUGUUCCAGAGAAGCCAGCUGUGGUGCAUCAUAAUGUUUGUCAUCUGUGGAGUGAGUUGGUUCGCGUGUUACGAGAUGUGCAGUAUACGUCGGAAUGUAAACGUAGCGAUCCGUUGAUGGAUAGUUUGCAAUCGGAACGAAAUGUGCGUAAUUUGAUGAGCCGUAUGCUGCCGGAUAACGUGGAACAGUAUCGUGAUUCUGUGAUCGUAAAUGUGGCUGGUAUUUUGGUCACUUUGCUGGAAACGAAUUUUAUCCCAAACUGGUCAGCUAUAUUUUUCCUCGAUUUUCAUCAUUUGGAAGCGUACAUUCGGCCCAAGAGACUGUCAGUUUUUUUACGAACCCUAAUCUACCUACAACGCAGACAUUCCUAUUUGAAAUGA